CCAAAAACUUAUAAAUAAAUUUGUCUCUGACCAUUGUCUGUCCUUAUAUAUAUUAGAUCAGCCUACUGAGAAACUCCAAAGAUCAUACACACGCACAGUUUCUUCCUAAUAAUUGUAAUAAUAAAAUAUUUGUAGUUUUUCUCCUGCUUUCACUACUACGGCCAUGGCGUCGCCAGAGUUGGACGACGGUGGACGGACAUCGGCGAUGGCGGAUUACGGUGAGAUCGUCAACCGCAGUGACACUGAGAACAGUAAGAAUAUGGUGAUGAAGAAGAAGAAGAGUAAAGCAGGCUCCUUUCAAAGGCCUAGGUUCGCGUGUUUCGGCGGGAUCAAAUCGGAACCGGACGGGAAAGGGAAUUUUGAUAUGGAGGUUGACGAGAAGUUUCGCGACAGGACCCCUAAUCACCUUGUCAUCAUGGUUAAUGGCCUUGUUGGCAAAGCUCAAAAUUGGAAGUUUGCUGCUAAGCAGUUUCUGAAGAAGUAUCCUAAUGAUGUUGUCGUUCACUGCAGCGAGUGUAAUUCUUUGGUGUUGACAUUGGAUGGUGUUGAUGUAAUGGGGGACAGAUUGGCAGAAGAGGUUAUAUCUGUUAUAAAACGUCACCCUGGUGUCCAGAAAAUAUCAUUUGUUGGUCAUUCAUUAGGUGGCCUGAUAGCGCGGUAUGCUAUUGCUGUACUUUACGAACGAGAUAUCACGAGAGAACCAAAACAAUCUCAGGAAAAUGGAGAUUGCAGGACUGAUGGCCCUGAAGAUCCACGCUCGGAAGAGAGAAUUAAAGGCAAGAUUGCUGGGCUGGAACCUAUGAAUUUCAUAACCUCCGCAACCCCACAUCUUGGUUCGCGGGGGCAUAAACAGGUUCCUAUUUUUUGUGGCCUCUACACUCUGGAAAAAGUAGCAUUUCGUACAUCAUCGUUUCUUGGUAAAACUGGAAGACAUUUAUUUUUAGCUGACAGCGAUAAUGGGAAGCCUCCACUUCUUCUUCGCAUGGCCAGUGACUCUGAAAAUCUGAAAUUCAUCUCAGCAUUGGGGUCUUUCAAGCGCCGUGUUGCCUAUGCAAAUGUGCGAUUUGAUUCACUUGUGGGAUGGAGUACGUCGUCUCUACGCCAUCGGGACGAACUCCCAAAGCUCAAAAGGAAGUCAGGAGGUGACAAAUAUCCACAUAUUGUUAAUGUGGAGACCACAAGAAUAGCCAGUCCUCAAGAAGUUGCGAGUGAAGCCAAAGUCGACUGCCACAAGAAUAUUGGCAUGGAAGAGGAAAUGUUAAAGGGUUUGACGAAACUGAGUUGGGAAAGAGUUGAUGUGAGCUUCAGGGGGAGUAGACAAAGGCUUCUGGCACACACUACAAUUCAGGUUAAAGGUUCUUGGAUCAAUUCCGAUGGGGCUGAUGUUAUCUGUCACAUGGUCGACAACUUUCUUUUAUAAACCGACCUCGUUAUCUAUUGAUUCAAUUCAGUGGGAUCGCCCUUAAAACCACAUUCAGCUUUUGAAAUACAAGAUUAAGAAUUCUCGGUGACCCCAAUUCGAGUUGGAAGAUCAAGAUUCAAUGGAGUUGAGAAGCCGAUACUCAUGAAGAAUAUGUUUUUUCGACCCACAUUAAAUCUGCGGUCCGCCUAUAUGUGAGAACUCAAUUUGCCACAAGUACUCAGAAUUUUGUGUCCUUGGAGACCAAACAAUAUCCCCUUAAAUAGAAGAAGGGUCAGACGGGGGCCUUGGGAUGAC